CCUCUUUUUUCUUUAGCCAAAUUGUCAUUAUUUUGCACUCCUCGUAAUAUCUUACUUUAAUCACAACCCCUCUGUUUGUCUUUUUGCUUGCACAACAACACAUUGAUACAACCCCACCCACACACCUCCUCAUAAGCAAGUCACCAAGUCAAAGCACAAACAAUAUGUCCAACACCAGCGCAAACAUUGACCAGCUCGCCAUCGACACGAUCCGUGUCCUGGCCGCCGACAUGGUCCAGGCCGCCAAUUCGGGUCACCCCGGCGCGCCCAUGGGCUGCGCUCCAAUGGCGCACGUCCUGUUCACCCGGUUCAUCAACGCUAACCCGAAGAACAGCAGCUGGCUCAACCGCGAUCGCUUCGUUCUGUCUAACGGUCACGCUUGCGCGCUGCAGUAUGUUCUGCUGCACCUGAUGGGAUACAAGCUGUCGAUGGACGAUCUGAAGAACUUCCGCCAGCUGGGCUCCAAGACGCCUGGACACCCCGAGAGCAAUGACACUGACGGCAUCGAGGUUACGACCGGCCCCCUGGGCCAGGGCGUCUCCAACGCCGUUGGCAUGGCCAUCGCCGAGCGCCAUCUGGCGGCCACCUUCAACAAGCCCGGAUACCAGCUUGUUGACAACGUCGUCUAUGCCAUUGCCGGUGACGGCUGCCUGCAGGAGGGCGUCGCCUCAGAGGCCGGAUCAUUGGCCGGUCAUCUCCAGCUGGGCAACCUCAUCGUUCUGUACGACUCGAACGGCAUCCAGAUCGACGGCUCGACCAAGCUCGGCUUUACCGAGGACGUGCUCAAGCGCUAUGAGGCAUAUGGCUGGCACACGCUGAGCGUUGCUGACGGCGACAACGACCUCGAGGGCCUGGCCCGCGCUAUCGAGCUGGCCAAGGCCGAGCGCACGCGCCCCACAAUCAUCAAGAUCGAGACGACUAUCGGCUUUGGUGCGGCCAACGCCGGCACCCACAACGUGCACGGCGCGCCCCUCGGCGCCCAGAGCCUUGAGGCCGUCAAGGCGCGCUUCGGCUUCAACCCGCAGGAGAAGUUCUCCGUCCCCACCGAGGUAUACCAGUUCUACAACGAGCGUGCGGCCAAGGGCGCUGAGCUCGAGAAGCAGUGGACCGAGCUGCUGGCCAAGUACGCCCAGGAGUACCCCGAGGAGCACGCCGAGUUUGUGCGCCGCAUUGAGGGCCGUCUGCCUGAGAACUGGGAGCAGGUCCUGCCGAGCUUCACCCCGUCCGACAAGCCCGAGGCGACGCGCAAGCUGUCCGAGGCCGUGAUCAACGCUAUCGCGCCGCUGCUGCCAGAGCUCGUCGGCGGAUCGGCGGAUCUGACCGGCUCCAACCUGACGCGGUGGAAGAACGCCGUCGACUUCCAGCCUGAGAGCACGUGCCUGGGCACCUACGCCGGCCGCUACCUGCGCUACGGCGUGCGCGAGCACGGCAUGGCCGCCAUCUCCAACGGCAUUGCCGCUUACGGCGCCAACAUCCCGUUCGCGUCGACCUUCCUUAACUUCAUCUCGUACGCCGCCGGCGCGUCGCGUCUGUCGGCGCUGUCGCACCUGCGCGUGCUGUACAUCAUGACCCACGACUCGAUUGGCCUCGGCGAGGACGGCCCCACCCACCAGCCCAUCGAGACCAUGGCCAUGCUGCGCGCCACGCCCAACUUCCUCAACUUCCGCCCGGCCGACGGCAACGAGGUGUCUGCCGCCUACCUGUCGGCGCUGACCCAUGCCGACCGCCCGUCGGUGCUCUCGCUGACGCGCCAGAACCUGCCCCAGCUCGAGGGCUCGUCGAUCGAGAAGGCGACCAAGGGUGGCUACAGCCUGGCCACCUACGGCGCCAACGCUGCCAAGCCCGACCUGCUUAUCGUCGGUACUGGCUCGGAGACCAGCAUUGCCGUUGACAGCGCCAAGCUGCUGGCCAACGAGCACGGUCUGACCGUCAAGGUCGUGUCGAUGCCCUGCGUGGAGCUCUUCAACGCCCAGUCCGACGAGUACCGCCACGACGUGCUCACCGCCGGCGUGCCUUCGAUUAGCGUUGAGGCCUUGAGCACCUUUGGCUGGCACAAGUAUGUGCACCACCCGAUCGGCAUCGAUACCUUUGGCGCAUCGGGCCCGUACCAGAAGCUGUACGAGCACUUUGGCUUGACGCCCGAGGCCAUCUCCAAGAAGGCCCUCAAGGUCGUCGAGCACUACAAGACCAACGCCGUGCCCACGCUCGGCCUGAACCUGUAAGGGGCCCCCUUCAAGGCUGGCUUAACCAGAAAGAAUAAAAUAUAUAGUGC